AUGGACAGUGGGGAGACUCCUGCCCAACGGCCAGUCACCUUGGACAUCACAGUAGAGGACAUAUCCAAGGAAACGCCAGCUCCAGCAUCUCCAGAACCAACCACCAGUCAGACACCAUCCAGAGAGAAUGUUCUGCCUCAGCAGGACAGCAUUGACCUGGGUGGAGAGUUUAUCACCCCUCAGGAAGACAGCAGUGCUACACCCUCAGAGAGUCUAAUGGACAAGCUCAACGACCAGAUGAUGGAGAGCGUCAUGAUUUCAGAUUCUCCUAAUAAUAGUGAGGAGGAUGAUGUGGCUCCCAUCGACUCUUUUCUGGAUGGAGGAGAAGAGGAAGAGAAUAAAGGAGAGAGGUCAGGAGACAUAGAGGAGCAAAGUGAGAUUGGACAGAAUACAACAGAGAUCAAAGUCUCAGAGGUAGAAGAGGAGAAGGAGAGUUUAGAAGAGAAAAGAGUGGAGGUUACACAGGAGAUAGACGGUCAAGAACAUGUCAUAGGGAUUGGUGCUCCUUCAGGUGACGCACAGAGCCCAUCUGUUGUCCAAAGUGAGGAGCCAGCACUACAGGAACCCAAAGGGACCAACCCAAAAGAAGUACCUGUGCCUGUGUGCACCAUAUUCAGCCAGGGCAACCAGCCCAAGUCUCUGGUUCCUGAUGGCUUCCAGCCCACUCUCAUCAAGUCUCCUAGCUUUAGUAUGGGGAGUGGUGGAGGAAAUGAUGAGGCUGUGACACCCAGCAAGCCUCACGCCCCACUUGUAUGCCAGCCCAGCCCCAGCCUCAGUAAGUUUUUCACUGACAACGGGCAGGUCAAUCCAGCCUCAGAUUUUUUUGAUUCAUUUACAGCCCCAUCCUCCUUCAUCUCUGUCUCUAACCCCAAUGCUGAUCUUCCCUCUGGCCCUGGCCCAACACCCAUAGCUCCAACUCCUGAGCGUCAGCUCUCUUCCACCUCCUCCUCCAUCUCAACUCCAGGAGGACCUCUGGACUCUGGUGCUCCCACACCUAGCUCAGUGUUUGUCCCUGCCCCAACUGAAUCCCCUGCAAAGUCCCAACCCACUCCACAUCCAACAGUCCCAGCUCCUACUCAAGCCCCAGCCUCAGCCCCAGCUGCUCAGCCACAGCCCUUCAACCAACUCCAAGCCGUGUUCUCGGGCAGUGACGACCCGUUUGCGACAGCACUGAGCCUAAGUGAGGUGGACCGGCGCCAUGAUGCUUGGCUCCCAUCUGAGGAGACUAGGAAGGUUUUAAUCUCUGUGGCCACCCAGCAGUACAGCCCAGUGUAUGUAGACACAAGCAAACUCACCAUGCCUGGCCUCAAGUUUGACAACCUGCAGGGCGAUGCAGUCAAAGACUUAAUGCUUCGUUUCCUGGGAGAGCAGGCAGCCAUGAAGCGUCAGGUCCUUACGGCCAACUCUGUGGAGCAAUCCUUUACAGGCCUCAAACAGCUCAUUAGCAGUAAGAACUGGCGGGCUGCGGUGGAUCUAACAGGCCGGCUGCUGACAGCUCAUGGUCAGGGAUACGGAAAGGCUGGCCAGGCAACCUCCCACACCACCGACUCACUGCAGCUUUGGUUUGUGCGGCUCGCCCUUCUGACCAAGCUGAACCUCUUCCAAAACGCUGAGCUGGAGAUUGAACCCUUCGGCAACUUGGACCAACCAGACCUUUACUAUGAAUAUUACCCUGCUGUUUACCCCGGGAGGAGAGGCUCCAUGGUGCCGUUCUCCAUGCGGCUGCUGCAUGCCGAGCUUCCCCAGUACCUGGCCAAGCCCCAGGAGGCUCUGGACCGCCUGCACAAUCUGAAAACCGUCUGCCUCACCAUUCUGGAGAACUUAGAGAAAGGCUUGGCUGAGGAUGGCAGCAUGAUCACCUUAACACAAGAGAACAGGCAAGCAUCUCUUACGCUGUGGAGGUCUCGUCUCAGCCGGGUCAUGUACUCCAUGGCCAACUGCCUGCUGCUGAUGAAGGACUAUGUACUGGCUGUGGAGACCUAUCAGUCCAUUAUCCAGUAUGAACCCCAGCAGAGAGUGCAGCUGCUCAGUGGCAUAGGACGCAUCUUCUUGCAGAUUGGAGAUGUUAAAACAGCAGAGCGGUACUUCCUGGAUGUGGAGAAAGCCUGCCAGAUGAAAGGGAGCCAGCCCAGUCACACCACAUGCAUGGUGAUGAACAGGGCCUUUGUCUACCUCAGUCAGAACAACUACGCUGAAGCACACUCAUCUUUUACUGAAGUAUUGAAGAUUGACCCAAAAAACCCCGUUGCCAAUAACAAUGCAGCAGUGUGCCUGCUUUACCUGGGCCGACUGAAGGAGUCCCUGGGCCAGCUGGAGGGCCUGGUGCAGCAGGACCCAACACAAUACCUCCAUGAGAGUGUCCUCUUCAACCUGACCACUAUGUAUGAACUGGAGUCAUCUCGCAGUACACAGAAAAAGCAGGCACUACUGGAGGCCGUGGCUGCUCGCGAGGGGGACAGCUUCAACACACAGUGUCUAAAACUGGUCUAAGGGGCAAGACGAGGGACUGUACGCACACUACUGCAUUAUCCUUCUGUGGGACAGGGAAUAAAGCCCCAAGAGUAGAAUGUGUUGAGAGAAAGGAACCCAUUCCUUUUACUGGUCACAGGAAAGUGGAUGUUUAGCACUUGGUUUGGUUUCUUCAGAAGAAAAACUUCAAAAAUGCAUUUCAGAAACCAAGCCCAGUACACAUUUGUUUUCAUGUUAGUCCACAGUGGGGGGGGGGGGGUUGGAAAGGACACUGCUAAAAGAAGACACCUGUCCUUUGUAACAACAUCCCUGUAAUGAUCCACACAUGUACUCACAGACACCCAAACAGAGACAAUGGUCAGCUCAUACAUGCUGGUGCGUUGACAUUUUGGAGAGGAAAUGAGCGCAAAUCCCUGUGUGUAGGAGGUAGUUUUGUUUUACAGAUUUAAGAACAAGUUUGACAUUUUGUGCAACACUUUUUGUUGUUUUGGUUUGUCUUACAUGACUACACCGCUACCAGUCUCCGCUACCAAAUUUGUCCUUUCAACAUGAAGCGCAGUAUAGCAGGUAGUUAGCUUAGCAGAAAGACUUCAAAUGGAAACAAAGCUAACCUGCCUCUGCAAAAACACCCCCCAAAACACCAACACCUCUAAUGUACAAUAAGCAUGUUACAUGCAUUUUAACCUAUGUAAAAAGCAUAUUCAUGAGCAUAUGAAAAUGAAAAAGUUGGGGUUUUAUAGUGUAUUCCUCAUGCUGUGACCUGCAGGGGAAGAGCUAGCAUACGGCUAAUGAGCUAGCCUGUUAGCAUGUUUACUUUUAGCUCCACAAGUUCACAUCAGUGUUUGACAGGCUGUGGGAUUGACAGUUAUUUAGGAUUAUGCAUUAAAAUA